AUGGCGGCGAGAGGCCAUGUGCAAGACCCAAACGAUAGACGGCUCCGACCUAUUUACGAUUAUCUUGACAAUGGCAAUAACAAAAUGGCAAUUCAGCAAGCAGACAAACUGCUUAAAAAGCACAAAGAACUACAUUGUGCGAAGGUUCUCAAAGCUAUUGGACUGCAAAGAACUGGGAAGCAAGAUGAAGCUUUCACUCUUGCCCAGGAAGUAGCCAGUCUUGAACCCACUGAUGAUAACUCACUUCAGGCGCUGACUAUCUUGUACAGGGAGAUGCACCGACCGGAAUUGGUGACUAAGUUGUAUGAAGCGGCAGUAAAGAAAGUUCCUCUUAGUGAGGAGUAUCAUUCCCACCUCUUCAUGGCGUAUGCAAGAGUUGGAGAGUAUAAAAAGAUGCAGCAGGCAGGGAUGGCCUUAUAUAAAAUUGUACCUAAAAAUCCAUAUUACUUUUGGUCUGUCAUGAGUUUAGUUAUGCAGGCCAUAUCAGCUGAGGAUGAGAAAUUGGCUUUGACCAUGUUCUUGCCUCUCGCUGAACGCAUGGUUGAGAAAAUGGUCAAAGAGGAGAAGAUUGAAGCAGAAGCAGAGGUCCAGUUGUAUUAUAUGAUUCUGGAACGGUUGGGAAAGUAUGAAGAGGCGCUUAAAGUUAUUAAAGGGCCACUUGGAGAAAAACUCACAAGUGAAUUUCAGAGUCGAGAGAAUAAGUGCAUGGUGCUGUAUCAGCGACUGCAGCGUUGGCCUGAGUGCAAUGCCCUAGCACAUAAGCUGUUACUCAAAAAUCCUGAUGAAUGGCAAUAUUAUGGCUUUUACUUCAACUCUCUCUUCCACAUAUUGGACCAGUCAUGGCAUCCACCUGAGGAAGGAGAACACUGCUCCGAGGGCCAUGUGCAUCUCUCUGUAGGUGAAGUGGCAAAGUUUAUUGAGGAAAGAAUCGAAGCCGAGAGCCACAAAGACUCCCGUGCUCUGAGAGGCCCCUAUUUGGCUCGUCUAGAGUUGCUGCACCGACUACGAGAGCGAGGAUCUUCAGAUGAAAGUCUGCUUGGCAAUCCAUUAGAAUUGAUGGUGCAGUUUUUUGCCAAGUUUGGGGAUAAACCUUGUUGCAUCACAGAUUUGAAAAUAUAUUUGCAUCUUUUACCUUCAGAACAACAUGUACAGUUUAUCAAUUUCUUGAGUGAAGCUGUUCCUUUAGCGGAGCCUGGUGAAGGGUAUGCAUUUCCAGCGGAUACCAAAGCUCUUCAGAGGCAUCUGUGUCUUUGCCAGUUAACCCGUGCCCUUGGACUGCAUCACUCUCUUGAUGUGGACGGGAAACUGAAGCUUAUCUCGGAGCUGAAAGCCCGGUAUCAUCAUGGACUUGUAUUUGGCAAAAAUGCUCUAAAGACAGAACUGCAGUUAUCUGAUAUGUAUUGUCUAAUGGCAGCUCAUGUAUACAUAGAUCUAUGGAUUGAAACCGAGGAUGAGACCAUGGUGUGGCGCUGUUUUGGACUUCUUCAUGAAGGCCUGUCUCACAGUUCUGCUAAUGCACAAUUUAAGUUACUGCUGCUGCUCCUUUACUGUCGCUUGGGUGCUUUUGAACCUGUUGUAGACCUAUACUCCAGCCUGGAUGCCAAACAUGUACAGCAUGACACUAUAGGGUAUCUGUUGACACGCUAUGCUGAGACUUUGGGUCAGUUUGCUGCUGCCUCUCAAGCCUAUAACUUCUCCCUCAGGUUUUUCCAUUCUAACCAGAAAGAUACCUCAGAAUACAUCAUCCAGGCGUACAAGUAUGGAGCUUUUGAGAAGAUCCCAGAGUUCAUCGCUCUCAGGAAUAGGUUAAACCAAUCGCUGCACUUUGCUCAGAUCCGAACUGAGAGGAUGUUGCUUGAUCUAAUCCUAGAGGCUGACAUUUUGCUAAGCCUUGAAGAUAGUGUGAAGGCAAUGUCAUUGACUGCAGAAAACGAUGAUAUCCCAUGGAAUAAUAUAAGAGACAACAGGGACCUCACAGUUUUCACCUGCUGGGACCCUAAGGACAGACAAUUCAGCGACGAGAACCAUCACCAGUCGCUGGAGGAAGAGCUUGUUUGGCUAAAGAUGCGCUCCUUGACCCUCCGCCUUGUAGCCUCUUUAGCAGCCCUUGGACACCCACCUUCCACACACAACUCUGCACUGACGAGCGAGAAUGGUAUUGGGGACAAAACCUCAACCAUGGAAGCCCUGCUGUCCCGAUUCAACCAGACACUACAGUCAGCUACUCAGUUGGCAGAAAAACGCAUACAAUAUCCGCUGCUGGGGCCUCCAUCCACUCGGCUGACUGCUGCGCUGUCUAGUGGGAGCUGCCAGUGCCAGUCAGCUGCUCUCCAGCUCGCAGUUCAAUUACAGGAACUGGAGUUGGCUGGACUCGAUGAAUCCGAAGAGCUUCAAGCACAGAUUUGUAAUUGUUUCCAGUCCCUAAAAUUUCAACUUCAAGAAAUGCUAAAUAAAUGUAAGGGUGAAUUGUUGGAGACUAAAAUGAGCACAUUAAAAACCGUACCAUCCCUAAUGGAGAAUUUAGUUUUCUUCGUUGAGACCAUUAGCAUUAUGUUGUGGGUGGCAAGCUACUGUGCAAGGAUUCUACGACCUCUAAAGACUAGUCUGCAGAAAAAGAAAAAGAAGAAAAAGGAUGUCAGCACUGCUCUGCCCGCAGUGGUGUGUGGAUUCCAGGAGCUGACGGGGAGCUUACUGGAUUUACUUACCCAGGCUUCAGAGCAUGUGAAAGAACAGGAAUUAAACAUUACGUCCCUUAAACUUUCCAGUUUGACCUUGGACGGAUACUCACAGGAGGAAUCAUCGUUUACACAGUCUGCUAUGGACAAAGUGCAAAGUAGUUAUCUUCACUCACUCCAAGAAGUGGGAGAUUUGCUCAAAAAGAGGGCAGAAACUAUAAAAAAUCUUAAGGUCUGA